AUGAGCGUGGAAAAGCCUUUCACCAGCAAUUAUCGCGAAUUGGUCAACAGAAACUCCACACAAGGAAAAAACCUUAUGAACGUAAGGAGAGUGGAAAAGUUUCCUCAUAUAUCAAGCCUAAUCAUACAUGAGAGGGUCCACACAGGGGAGAAACCUUAUGAAUGCAGGGAGUGUGAAAAAGGUUUUUCUCAUAAGUCAAACAUGAAUACACAUCAUAGAUUGCACACUGGGGAAAAACCUUAUGAAUAUAGUGAGUGUGGAAAAGCUUUUAUUCCUAAGUCACUCCUCAUUAGCCAUCAGAAGAUCCACACUGGGGAAAAACCUGAUGAAUGUAGUGUGUGUGGAAAAGGCUUUUCUGAUAAGCAACAGCUUUUUAGACAUCAGAGAAUCCACACAGGGGAAAAAACUUAUGAAUGUAGUGAGUGUGGAAAAUCUUUUUCUGAUAAUUCAAGCAUUAGGUCACAUCAGAGAAUCCACACUGGGGAAAAUCGUUAUGAAUGUAGUGAGUGUGGCAAAGCUUUUCUUCGUAAAUCACACCUCAUUAGACAUCAGAGAAUCCACACUGGGGAAAAACCUUAUGAAUGUAGUGAGUGUGGAAAAGCUUUUAUUCAGAAGUCACACCUCAUCAUUCAUCAGAGCAUCCACACUGGGAAGAAACCUUAUGAAUGUAGUGAGUGCGGAAAAGCUUGUCUUUAUAAAUCAAGCUUAAUCAUACAUCAGAGAAUCCACACUGGGGAAAAACCUUACGAAUGUAGUGAGUGUGGAAAAGCUUUUCCUUAGAAGUCACACCUCAUUAGACAUCAGAGAAUCCACACAGGGGAAAAACGUUAUGAAUGUAGUGAGUGUGGAAACGCUUUUUUUCGGAAGGCACACCUCAUUAGUCAUCAGAGAAUCCACACUGGGGAAAAACCUUAUGAAUGUAGUGAGUGUGGAAAAGCUUUUAUUCGUAAGUCACACCUCAUUAGUCAUCAGAGAAUCCACACUGGGGAAAAACUUUAUGAAUGUAGUGAGUGCGGAAAAGCUUUUCUUUAUAAGUCAAGCAUGAUCAUACAUCAGAGAACCCAUACUGGGGAGAAACCUUAUGAAUGUAGUGAGUGCAGAAAAGUCUUCACACAUCAGUCAAGCCUAAUGAUACAUGAGAGUGUCCACACAGGGGAGAAACCUUAUGAUUGUAGGGAGUGUGGAAAAGCUUUUGCUCGUAAGUCAAACAUGACCGCACAUCACAGAAUGCACACUGGGGGAAAACCUUAUGAAUGUAUUGAGUGCGGGAAAUGCUUUUCUUAUAAGCAACACCUCAUUGCACAUCAGAGAAUCCACACUGUGGGAAAAUAUUAUGAAUGUAGUGAGUGUGGAAAAGCUUUUAUUCAUAAGUCAAGCAUGAUCAUACAUCAGAGAAUACACACAGGGGAAAAACCUUAUGAAUGUAAUGAGUGUGGAAAAGCUUUUAUUCGUAAGUCACACCUCAUUACUCAUCAGAGAAUCCACACAGGGGAAAAACCUUAUGAAUGUAGUGAGUGUGGAAAAGCUUUUAUUCAUAAGUCAAACCUCAUUACUCAUCAGAGAAUCCACACUGGGGAGAAACCUUAUGAAUGUAGUGAGUGUGGGAAAGGUUUUUCUGAUAAGCCACAGCUUUUUAGACAUCAGAGAAUCCACACUGGGGAAAAACCUUCUGCAUGUAGUGAGUGUGAAAAAGCUUUUAUUCUUAAGUCACACCUCAUUACUCAUCAGAGAAUCCACACUGGGGAGAAGCCUUAUGAAUGUAGUGAGUGUGGAAAAGCUUUUAUUCGUAAGUCAAACCUCAUUACUCAUCAGAGAAUCCACACUGGGGAGAAGCCUUAUGAAUGUAGUGAGUGUGGGAAAGGCUUUUCUGAUAAGCCACAGCUUUUUAGACAUCAGAGAAUCCACACUGGGGAAAAACCGUAUGAAUGUAGUGAGUGUGGAAAAGCUUUUUCUGAUAAGUCAAACAUGACAUCACAUCAGAGGAUCCACACUGGGGAGAAACCUUAUGGAUGUAGUGAGUGUGGAAAAGCUUUUCUUCAUAAGUCAAGCAUGAUCAUACAUCAGAGAAUCCACACUGGGGAGAAACCUUAUGAAUGUAGUGAGUGUGGGAAAGGCUUUCCUUAUAAGCCACACCUCAUUAGACAUCAGAGAAUCCACACUGGGGAAAAACCUUAUGAAUGUAGUGAGUGUGGAAAAGGCUUUUCUCGUAAGCCACACCUCAAUACUCAUCAGAGAAUGCACACAGGGUAAAAACCUUAUGAAUGUAGUGAGUGUGGAAAAGCUUUUAUUCGUAAGUCAAACUUCAUUACUCAUCAGAGAAUCCACACUGGGGAGAAGCCUUAUGAAUGUAGUGAGUGUGGAAAAUCAUUUUCUGGUAAGUCAAGCAUUAGAUCACAUCAGAGAAUACACACAGGGGAAAAACCUUGUGAAUGUAGUGAGUGUGGAAAAGCUUUUCUUCAUAAGUCAACCAUGAUCAUACAUCAGAGAAUCCACACUGGGGAAAAACCUUAUGAUUGUAAUGAGUGUGGAAAAGCUUUUUCUCAGAAGUCACACCUAAUCAGACAUCAGAGGGUCCAUACAGUGGAGAAACCUUACGAGUGUAAUUUUUGUGGAAAGACUUUUCUUUAUAAGUCAGAACUCAUUAGAGAUCAGACCCUUCGAAGUGCAGAGAAUCCAUAUGAAUGCAAUGUGUGUGGAAAAGCUUUUCCUCAGAAGUCACACCUCAUUAGACAUCAGAGAAUUCACACAGGAGAAAAACCUUACAAAUGUAGUGAGUGUGAAAAAGCUUUUCCUCGGAAGUCACACCUCAUUAGACAUCAGAGAAUCCACACAGGAGAAAAACCUUAUGAAUGCAGUGAGUGUGGAAAAGCUUUUCCUGAUAAGUCAACCUUAGUGAUACAUCAGAGGGUCCACACUGGGGAAAAACCUUAUGAAUGUAGCCAGUGUGGAAAAGCUUUUUCUCAUAAGUCAAGCAUUAGAGCACACCUCAGAAUCCACACUGGGGCAAAACCUUAUGAAUGUAGUGAGUGUGGAAAAGCUUUUCCUCAUAAGCCACACCUCAAUAGACAUCAGAGAAUCCACACUGGGGAAAAACCUUAUGAAUGUAGUGAGUGCGGAAAAGCUUUUCCUUACAAGCCACACCUCAUUAGACAUCAGAGAAUCCACACAGGAGAAAAACCUUAUGAAUGUAGUGAGUGUGGAAAAGCUUUUCCUCGGAAGUCAAACCUCAUUACACAUCAGAGAACCCACAAGGAAAAGCCUUAUGAAUGUAAUGAGUGUGGAAAAGCAUUUACGGAUCAGUCACGUUUUGUUAAACAUCACAAAAUCCACACUAGGGAAAAGCCUUAUCAAUGUAGUGAGUUUGGAAAAGCUUUUUCUCCUAAGUCAAGCCUAAUGAUACAUCAGAGAAGUCACACUGCAGAGAAUCCGUAUGAAUGCAAUGAGCACAGUAAAGCUUUUCACCAGCAAGUAUCACUAAAUGGGCAACACAGACUCCACACAAAAAAAUCUUAUGAAUGUAAGGAGUGUCAAAAAAAGUUUCCUCAUAUAUCAAGCCUAAUCAUACAUGAGAGAGUCCACACAGGAGAGAAAUCUUAUGAAUGUAGGGAGUGUGGAAAAGCUUUUUCUUGGAAGUCAAGCAUGCAUACACAUCACAGAUUGCACACUGGGAAAAAAACUUAUGAAUGUAGGGAGUGUGGGAAAGGCUUUUCUUAUAAGCAACACCUCAUUGCACAUCAGAGAAUCCACAGUGGGGAAAAGCUUUAUGAAUGUACUGAGUUUGGAAAAGCUUUUCUUCAUAAGUCAAGAAUAAUCAUACAUGAGAGAAUCCACACUGGGGGAAAACCUUAUGAAUGUAGUGAGUGUGGAAAAGGAUUUUCUGCUAAGUCAACCAUUAGAUCACAUCAGAGAAUAUACACAGGGGAAAAACCUUAUGAAUGUAGUGACUGUGGGAAAAGGUUUCCUUAUAAGUCAAACCUCAUUAGACAUCAGAGAAUCCACACUGGUGAAAAACCUUAUGUAUGUAGUGAGUGUGGAAAAGCUUUUAAUCAUAAGUCACACCUCAUUAGACAUCAGAGAAUCCACACUGGGGAGAAACCUUAUGAAUGUAGUGAGUGUGGAAAAGCUUUUUCUGAUCAGUCAAGCAUGAUCAUACAUCAGAGAAUCCACACUGGGGAAAAACCUUAUGAAUGUAGUGAGUGUGGAAAAGCUUUUUCUCAUAAGUCAAGCAUUAGAUCACAUCAGAGAAUCCACACAGGUGAGAAACCUUAUGAAUGUAGUGAGUGUGGAAAAGCUUUUUCUUGGAAUUCAAAUCUAAUGGUCCAUCAGAGAAUCCACACAGGGCAAAAACCUUAUGAAUGUAGUGAGUGUGGAAAAGCUUUUCUUCAUAAGUCAAGCAUGAUCAUACAUCAGAGAAUCCACACUGGGGAAAAGCCUUAUGAAUGUAGUGAGUGUGGAAAAGGCUUUCCUUGUAAGCCACACCUCGUUAGACAUCAGAGGGUCCACACUGGAGAAACACCUUAUGAAUGUAGUCAGUGCGGAAAAGCUUUUUCUCAGAAGUCACACCUAAUCAUACAUCAGAGGGUCCACACAGGGGAGAAACCUUAAGAUUAAUCUUAUGAAUGUAAGGAGUGUGGAAAAGAGUUUCCUCAUAAGUCAAGCCUGAUCAUUCAUGAGAGGGUCCACACAGGGGAGAAACCUUAUGAAUGUAAGAAGUGUGGAAAAGUUUUUUCUCGUAAGUCGCACAUGAAUGCACAUCACAGAUUGCACACUGGGGAAAAACCUUUUGAAUGUAUUGAGUGUGGGAAAUGCUUUUCUUACAAGCAACACCUCAUUGAACAUCAGAGAAUCCACACUGGGGAAAAACGUUACGAGUGCAAUGAGUGUGGAAAAGCUUUUCUUUAUAAGUCAAGCAUAAUCAUACAUAAGAGAACCCACACUGGGGAAAAGCCUUAUGAGUGUAGUGAGUGUGGAAAAGCUUUUUCUGCUAAGUCAAGCAUUAGAUCACAUCGGAGAAUCCACACCGGGGAAAAACCUUAUGAAUGUAGUGAGUGUGGAAAAGAUUUUAUUCGUAAGUCAAACCUCAUUGCGCAUCAGAGAAUACACACUAGGGAAAAACCCUAUGAAUGUAGUGAGUGUGGGAAAGGCUUUCCUGAUAAGCCACAGCUCUUUAGACAUCAGAGAAUCCACAGUGGGGAGAAACCUUUUGAAUGUAGUGAGUGUGGAAAAGCUUUUUGUUACAAGUCAAACUUUAGAUCACAUCAGAGAAUCCACACAGGAGAGAAACCUUAUGAAUGUAGUGAAUGUGGAAAAGCUUUUCUUUAUAAGUCAAGCAUGAUCAUACAUCAAAGAAUCCACUCUAGGGAAAAGCCUUAUGAAUGUAGUGAGUGUGGGAAAGGCUUUCCUUGUAAGCCACACCUCAUUAGACAUCAGAGAAUCCACACUGGGGAAAAGCCUUAUGGAUGUAGUGAGUGUGGAAAAGGCUUUUCUAAUAUGGCACAAUUCAUUAGACAUCAGAGAAUCCACACUGGGGAAAAACCUUAUGAAUGUAGUCAGUGUGGAAAAGCUUGUUCUCAGAAGUCACAGCUAAUCAGACAUCAGAGGGUCCACACAGGGGAGAAACCUUAAGAAUGUAGUGUGUAUCUACAAGCCUUUACUUACCAGACAGGUUUCAUUCGACAUAGGAGUAUCCAUACAGGAUUAGAACCACAUGAAUCUCAUACAGAAGAAAAGGUCCAGGACGUGAUCUCUCAUUGUCUGCAAGCCCUUGCAGCCUGGGGUGUUCCCCGCUGCUAUAAAACAGACAAUGGACCUGCCUAUACAGCUAAGGCCUUCUCCAAGUUUUGUUCAGAUUUUGGUAUUAAUCAUUCCACAGGUAUUCCAUAUAAUCCUAUAGGCCAGGCCAUUGAUUUGUGGGUGCCUGAAUGCCUGAUGCGAGCAGUGAAGAAGCCGCAUCAAAAUGAAUCUUUGGAUGUGGUAGACGCUGCUAACCCUGAUGAUCAUUCAGACGCAGAAGGGGCACAGCCAGAACCUUCAAUUAUGGAUGAUAGUGAAGGCAUGGCCAACCCCCCUGCUGGUGACCAAUAG